ACAUCUCUUAAUCCAGACACUGAGAGAUGCAAGAAGGAAGAUGGAAUUGCUCAAGUACAACAGCAGCUAUGAUCAGAAUUAUUCAGAGCUUGAAUAUAAUGAGUCAAACUAUGACUAUGGGGAUGACUUAAUCCCAAUGUGUGAGGUUUACGACUACAAUAAACCCACGGCUGUGUGCUACGCCAUUAUCUUCUGCCUCAGUAUAUUUGGCAACGUUGUCCUCCUGUGCGCCCUGACCUGUUAUGAAGAUCUAAAGAGAGCCACCAACCUCUUCAUAUUCUGUUUAGCACUUUUCGAUCUGCUGUUCACUCUUACGUUGCCAUUUUGGUGCGUAGAGUAUCUCCACCACUGGGUCUUCGGUGACUUUGCUUGUAAGAUCAUGACGGGGGCCUACUUCGUGGGCAUCUACGGAAGCCUCAUCCUUCUGACGGCCAUGACACUUGAUCGCUUUUUUGUGGUGGUGGUGAGAUGGGAUUGGCUAACGGGAACUCGGAGGCUUCAGUUUUCGAAAGCAGCCUGUGCUGGCGCCUGGAUCAUCAGUCUGAUAGCUUCUCUGAGAGACUCGAUGGCAUCCAUUGCACAGAAAGAUUUGGACACCUACGCGUGUGAAAGCACCCAGACAGAAGAUGAUCACGCAGGGUAUUACACACAACUCAUUCUGCUCUUCCUCGUACCGUUUAUACUUAUCGUUUUCUGUUACACCAAAAUCUUGCUGACGUUGAUGUCAACAUCCACUAGACAGAAAUACAGGACUGUCAUACUGGUGCUGUGUAUCGUCAUCGCUUUCUUUAUUUGCUUGGGGCCGUACCAUAUACUCAUUGUGCUGAUGUCUCUCUAUGACCCCUGUAAAUAUGACCGACUGAAUCUUGCGUUUGUGGUUUGCAGAAUUCUGGCAUUUUCUCACUGCUGCAUGAACCCAGUUCUGUUUUUUCUCAGAUGGAGGUUUAAAAGCUUUCUCUCAAGAUUUUUGUUUUGUUUUCCUGAGCUCAGGCGAAUGGGGCAAAACAGAGCACCCACCGACCCAAGCGACUCCAGGAUUCAUCCAUACACCAAUGAGAGAGAUCUUGGGAACUGUGAACUCGACACACAGUAAAAAGCAUUAUGGAAUAUACUUGACUUUAGACUUGAUAAAUUGAUUCAUUGCUCAGGAGACUUUCAAUGUCGACGGUUUGAGUACACAGAAUAUGCACAUCUCAGAUCAUUUGGUCUCAAAACAUUUUAUAAAAAAAACAUUUGAGUUCAGACUGUAUCACUGAAAUGUCUGGCUUUUGAUUCCUGAGGUUUGUAAAAUCUGAGACAUUUGAGAUCACUUAAUUUAGUUAAAAUGUGUAAAUAGAUAUCCAAAUAGAUUCGUAGGAGCAAGUGUUUCAGUUCACUUUUCAUUUAUUCUCCUAGUCAUUAAAGUCUAGAAGUAAAACUUGGGGGUUUUCUGCACAGAAUUAUGCAAUUAUUUUCAAAAGUGAAAGACUUUCUGCACAACAAAUACUGCCUCAAAAUGAGAAAAUAUAUUUUAUCUUUGAUUUAUAACUCGAAGUUGGUUUAUUAGAGAUCUGAUGAGCAGGGGUUUGAGUGGGCUGGACGUUAAUUCAAGAGUGAGACAUGCAAAAUAAGUCUAGUAGAUAUUGUACAGAGGAAACCACCAGAAUCAAGGUAGCCUACUUCGUUUCACAUAAAUCUGUCUUCUUUCUUUCUUCCUCUCAUUUUUGUUAUGAAUAUGCAUUGUUUCUGAUA